UGUCCCAUUCUUGUCCCGCGUGUCACUUUAAUGUACAUUUUGUAACCACACCCACGGUCUGUUCCUAGGAGUCUCAGCGGCUCGGUCCUAACCCCCCCCCCUCCUCCUCCUCUUCUUCAUCCUCUAGAAAAGGAGCCUGCAGCUACAUGACUGUGGGACUCCUGUGUUUGGGUGCAGGGGAAGCGCAUACCACAGCAGAUCUGAAGGGAGAAACUCACGAGCCAUCCCAGCAUGAUGGGAAGAACCAGUUUGGUCUUCAGCCUCAUCGUAGCAGCAUUGCUCUCUGGCAUCGCUGCUCAGAGAACAGAUUGUGAAAAAGCCACCGUGGCCGACAUCAUCUUCCUAGUUGAUGGCUCCUCCAGCAUCAGCCCUGGAAACUUUCAGGAGGUCCGGUCUUUUCUCCGCAACUUCAUCGAAGCCCUCGACAUUGGCCCCAACAAAGUUCGCAUCGGCUUGGCUCAGUACAGUGAUGAACCUCGACAGGAGUUCCUGCUGAAGGAUCACUCUGACAAGAAGUCUCUGCUGGCUGCCGUGGAAAGAAUUCAACUCGUAGGAGGAGGCACUGAAACAGGAAAAGCCAUCGACUUCCUCCAGAAGCAGUACUUCACCAAAGAGGCAGGAAGCCGAGUUGACCAACGGGUGCCUCAGAUCGCUAUAGUUAUCACGGAUGGGGAGUCCACUGAUGAGGUGAAGGAACCCGCCCAGAAGCUUAGGCAGGACGGAGUCAUUGUCUUUGGCAUCGGGGUGGGAGAAGCCAACCGGAAGCAGCUUGAGUCCAUCGCCAACUGGCCUCCAGAUCGCUUCCUUCACUCAUUAGAUAGCUAUCAGGCUCUGCAGGAGCAGAUGCAAAUGCUGCUGGAAACUGUUUGUCUCUCUGUGGUAGCUCAAAAGGAAGGUAAGGCAAAGGAUUACGCAGAUAUUUUCUUCCUGGUGGACAGCGGCAUAGAUCAAGGACAGUUUGUGUCUUUUAAGAACGACCUUGUGGAAUUGAUCAAUCAAAUUAAUGCCGGAUCAUCCACCUACCGUGUCGGUGUGGCACAGUACGGUCAAGAUACCCAGGAUGAAUUCCUUCUCAAUGCUCAUCAAACUAGACAGCAACUCCUGUCUGCUGUCAGAGGUUUCCGCCUGCGCCCACAACCCAACCAACCACAUUACCUGGGUAGGGCUCUGCUGGACGCCAACACUCGCUUUUUUACCAGUGAGGCGGGGGGUCGUGCACACCUAGGCGCCCGACAAUUCCUGGUCGUUGUGAGUGGAAGAGACUCAGAUGAUCUUGUGUCUAAGGAAGCUCAAAAGAUCAAAUCAGCAGGGGUUACUGUUGUUGGGAUUAGUGCAGGUGCAACUGUGGAUGCCUUACUACGUUUUGUCAGUUCUGGGUACGCAUUUGAUUCUCCCAGAGUACUUAUUUUGAAGGAUUCCAUCGUGACUGAGAAAAAGGACGACAUUACUGAAGAUUGCAAAGGAGCCAAUAUUGCAGACAUUGUGUUCAUCGUUGAUGAGUCGGGAAGCAUUGGAGAAGAAAACUUUAAGCUGGUGCGCACUUUCCUGCACUCGAUUGUGAGCAGCCUGGAUGUAAGACCGAAUAAAGUCAGAGUGGGCAUCGUUACGUACAACGAGGAGUCCUCACCACAGGUCUACCUCGACACGUUCAAUAACAGGAAGGAAAUCCUCCAGUUCAUCAACAUCCUGCCCUACAGAGGAGGUGGAACGAACACUGGAGCUGCCCUAACCUUCACUCUGAACAAUACCUUUAUUGAGGAAAAGGGCAGCAGGAAAAGUAAGGGUGUCCAGCAGGUGGCGGUGGUGAUCACCGACGGUAAAUCCCAGGACAGCGUGCAUGAAGCAGCAAUCCGUCUCCGUCGGGCUGAUGUCACCGUAUACUCUGUAGGAAUCAAAGAUGCCAACAUGAAAGAGCUGAGGGACAUGGCGUCUCACCCCAUUGAUAGGCAUGUUUUUAAUGUGAACAGUUUCACCGAGCUGAAGUCCCUGAAGCACAGCCUGCAGAAAGUCAUUUGUGAAAACAUCAUUGACCAAGCCGUCAAAGUCAGUGCAAGGGAAUCCGAGGCCAAAAAAGCAUGUGUAAAAAAGGAUGAAGCUGACAUCUUCUUCCUGAUGGACGACUCGGGAAGCAUUGGGAACCGAGACUUCGAAGAUAUGCAGAACUUCAUCUUGAGGUUUCUUGGUACCUUCAAUAUUGGGCCAGAUCAUGUCCGCGUCGGGCUUGUGAAAUAUGCUGAUAAUCCAACUUUGCAAUUUGACCUGACAGCCUCCUCAAAUGUUGAUAACCUGAAGAAAUCUGUGAAGAAUAUUGCACAUGAAGGAGGUGGGACAGAGACAGGAAAAGCCCUAAAAUCCAUGGGCCCACACUUUAGGAGAGCGAUGCAAACUCGUGGUCACAAGGUCCCAGAGUACCUGAUUGUCAUCACAGAUGGGGAAUCCACUGAUGACGUCACGGCUCCAGCAGAAGAACUGAGGGGGCAGGGUGUCACCAUCUUUGCCAUCGGGGUGAAAGAGUCAAACGAAGCUGAGCUAAAAGAUAUUGCAGGCGACCCCAAGAGGACUAUCCAGGUCAAUAAUUUUGAUGCCUUGAAAUCCAUCAACAACGACAUCAUCACAGACAUCUGUACUGAAGACGUUUGCAGAGAUGUACAGGGCGACAUAUUUUUCUUAGCUGACGGUUCUGAGAGCAUCUCUAAGGAUGACUUCAAGAAAAUGAAAGAAUUCAUGAAAGCCGUCAUCAGCAAACCCGCCAUCGAGCAGAAUAAGGUGCACGUCGGUCUCAUGCAGUUCAGCUCUGACAACCAGCUGGAGUUUCCCCUCAGCCGCUACUACAGCACAGAGGAAAUUCUGAAAGCCAUCGAUGAUAUGGAGCAGCUGGACCAAGGCACACUCACAGGAAAGGCCCUUACUGAGGUGUCGCAGUAUUUCGAUAAAACCAAUGGAGGGCGUCCUGAUGUCAGUCAGAGGCUGAUCGUGAUCACAGACGGUGAGGCCAAAGACGAGGUCAUAGGCCCCGCUGAGGCUCUGAGGAAAAAGGGAGUGGAAGUCUACGCCAUUGGAGUGGUGGACGCCAACACCACCCAGCUGGGUGAGAUCAGUGGCUCAACAGACAGGGUGUAUUCUGAGAAAAACUUUGAUGCACUGAAGGACUUGGAGAGCAAGGUGGCUUUGGAGCUCUGUCGGAAAGAUUGUACAAUAAAUAAUGCUGACAUUAUUUUCCUGGUGGACAGCUCCACAAGCAUAAAUGAAACCCAGUAUGGAAGCAUGCAGAUCUUUAUGGAGUCAAUAGUGAAACAAACCACAGUUGGAAAGGACAUGACUCGUUUUGGGCUCAUUUCCUACGCCACUGAACCCCAGUCUCAUUUUUCUUUGCAUGACUAUGACUCCAAACGAAAAGUUCUUGCAGCAAUACCAAAGCAGAAGCCAACAGAAGGAGACACUUACACAGGCGAGGCCUUGCAAUUCUCGUUGGAGUACUUUAGGGCUACACAUGGUGGCCGUAAAGCAUACAAUGUUCCUCAGAUUCUCAUGGUGAUCACAGACGGGGCUGCCACCAACCCUUACAUCUUAAAGGAGCACUCUGAUGCACUACGAGACAACGGGAUCAUCGUCAUCAGUGUCGGAGUGAAAGAAGCUAAACUUGAUCAGCUGAUGACUAUGGCUGGUGGCGACAAAUCCAAAGUUUUCUUUGUGGAAAAUUUUGAGGCUCUAGAAACUCUGUACGGAAGUAUGUCUUCUGUCCUUUGCAAAUCUACAAAGUCAGCUUGCAAGACUGGCGAUAUUGUCUUCCUACUUGAUCGGUCUAGCAGCAUCGACCAAGACAAACACAAUAUCAUGAAAAACUUCACGACAACAUUAGUCGACAAUUUUGAAGUCGGUGAAAAGUUGGUGCAUAUUGGACUUUGCCAGUUCAGUGACGAGCCUAAGGAUGAGUUUUACCUCAACAAGUACUACAAUAAGGAGGAUUUGAACACACAAAUCCUUGAAGUGGAUUACACAGGUGGAAACACCUACUUAGGGAGAGCAUUGGAUCACGUUAAGGAGUACUUUGAGGAGUCGCGGGGCAGCCGUGACCAGGUCCCCAAAAAUCUGGUGUUGAUCACAGAUGGUGAUUCUCAUGAUGACGUGGAGGACGCAGCUGACAUUCUCAGGGAUCGGAACAUUACCGUAUUUACCAUCGGUGUUGGAGACGUCCACGACCUGCAGCUCCUGCAGAUUGCUGGCACCCCAGAGAGGAUGUUCACUGUGCGGAACUAUGAUGUUUUGCACUCUAUCAAGCAAGGUGUGAUUGACGUCAUGUGUGAUGACCCAAACCCUUAUAGGGAUCCAUUAUAAGUGCUCUAUUAUUUUAAAAGGAAAUCAUAGUUUCUCCUGCCUCCAUAGCACUGAAGCUGCACUUCCUCCUCCCUAUAGUGUAGCCAAUGUACUUGGCAGAACCUGGCAAAGGGCCAAUACCCUGAAGCAUCUCAGACUCAGCAGUAAAAGAAGCAGAAUCAGCAAGUGUACAAAAUUGCUGAGUCAACAAGAAUAUAGUCCCUCCCUCUGCAUGCUCACCCAUAAAAACCCUGAGGUUUCUUUGUCUUCGCUGACACACUUUCUCAAACUGCUUGUCACUCUGUUAAACUGUCUCCUUCUACUUGCAAGAAUAAUAAAGAAAAUAACAUGGAUAA